GGGGGGUUAGGUUUAUCCGGUGGAGUGGUGAGGCAGCGGUAGGGGACCAUGGCGGCCGCGGAGGAGAACAGCUCGCUGUUCCUGAUAUUCAUCCUCACCAUGAUCGCGCUCCCGCUGGUGCCCUACACCAUCAUGCGCCUCUGCCGCGCCGCCACCGUCAAGGCCAAGACCAUCCACUGCCGCUGCUCGGGCUGCCACCGCUCCGGCAAGUACCGCAAGUCGAUCUACAAGAGGAUAUCCAACUUCUCGACGUGCAGUAACCUGACCAUUCUGCUUCUCUGGAUAGUUAUGAUCUUCCUUGUAUACUACAUCAAGCAUGUUAGCCGCGAGGUACAAGUGUUUGAACCAUAUAGCAUUCUUGGACUGGAACCAGGUGCAUCAGAGUCCGAUAUCAAGAAAUCAUACCGUAGACUUUCUAUCCAAUACCAUCCUGAUAAAAAUCCCGACCCUGAGGCCCACAAGUACUUUGUUGAAUUUAUAUCCAAGGCAUAUCAGGCUUUAACUGAUCCUGUAUCUCGUGAAAAUUAUGAGAAGUAUGGUCAUCCAGAUGGACGCCAGGGAUUGCAAAUGGGCAUUGCUUUGCCCAAGUUCUUGUUGAAUAUGGAUGGUGCAUCUGGUGGAAUAAUGCUUCUUGGAAUAGUAGGACUUUGCAUACUCUUGCCCUUGAUGAUAGCAGUUAUUUAUUUGUCAAGAUCAUCAAAGUACACCGGAAAUUAUGUCAUGCAUCAAACUCUGUCCACUUAUUACUACUUCAUGAAGCCUUCGCUGGCUCCAAGCAAAGUCAUGGAUGUCUUCAUUAAGGCUGCGGAAUAUAUGGAGAUGCCAGUUCGGCGCAGUGACGAUGAACCCUUGCAGAAACUCUUUGUAGCUGUUAGGAGUGAAUUAAAUCUAGACUUGAAGAAUAUUAGAACAGAACAAGCUAAGUUCUGGAAGCAGCAUCCAUCUCUAGUAAAGAUGGAGCUUUUAAUUCAGGCUCACCUCACUGGAGAGUCCUUUGCUUUGACACCAGCACUACUAAAGGAUUACAGGCACAUGCUUGAACUUGCACCUCGUCUUCUGGAUGAGCUUGUUAAGAUUGCAUUACUGCCAAGGAGUCCCCAUGGUUUUGGAUGGCUCAGGCCUGCAAUUGGUGUAAUUGAGCUUUCCCAAAAUAUCAUCCAGGCUGUUCCUCUCAGUGCACGGAAACCUAGUGGAGGCAACUCUGAAGGAAUAGCACCUUUCUUGCAGCUACCCCAUUUUACUGAAGCGAUUGUCAAAAAAAUUGCUCGCAAGAAAAUCCGUUCAUUCCAAGAAUUCUGUGACAUGCCUGUGGAGGAACGUGCCACAUUGCUGACACAGGUUGCUGGGAUUUCUGAUGAAGAUGCUCAAGAUGUAGAGCUUGUGCUGGAGAUGAUUCCUUCUAUUGAAGUGGAUAUUAAAUGCGAGACUGAAGGUGAAGAAGGGAUACAAGAGGGUGAUGUUGUGACCAUGUAUGCUUGGGUCUCACUUCACCGCCGCAAUGGCCUAACUGCUGCUCUUCCCCAUGCUCCUUCCUUCCCGUUCCACAAGGAAGAGAACUUCUGGCUGCUCCUAGCAGAUGCCGCAUCAAAUGAAGUUUGGUUAUCCCAGAAGGUCAGCUUCAUGGAUGAGACUACCGCUAUUACUGCAGCAUCGAAAGCUAUACAAGAGACCCAGGAAGCACUGGGUGCAAGUGCAAAGGAAAUAGGGAUUGCAGUUAGAGAGGCAGUUGACAGAGUGAAGAAAGGCAGUAGGUUGGUAAUGGGCAAGUUCCAAGCCCCAGCCGAGGGCAAUCACAACCUGACCUCCUUCUGUCUGUGCGAUGCAUGGAUAGGCUGUGACACCAAGACUAGCUUGAAGCUGAAGGUCCUGAAGCGCAGCCGCGCAGGAACAAGAGGUCAUGUGGCUGAAGAGGGGCCAGUGACAGAAGAUGGCAUUGAGGAGGAGGAAGAGGAGGAAGAAGAGGAGUACGACGAUUACGAGAGCGAGUACAGCGAUGACGAGGAGGACGAAAAGAGCAAGGGGAAAGGUAAGGUCGCGAAUGGAGUAGCCCACCAAAAGGCAAACUCCGAUAUAGAGUCUGGCAGCGAUGAUUGAGAUAGUACCAUGAGAUGUUCAACCAAAGACACUUGACAUCGCGGUUUGCCUGUUUUUUGCCCUCUGUGCACCCCCUUGAAACUUGAACAUAUCACUCACAACUUAUAGAGCAAUCGGCUAUGGCUACCAAAGUUACCAUUUUUGUUA